CAUGCACAAGAUCAAAGACCACGAGUCGCAACGUGCGAAGAGUCCGAAGCGAAUGUCAUAUUCUGGAUGUUGGACAUGUCGAAAACGGCACGUCAAGUGCGACGAAAGACCCGUUACCUGUAACAACUGUCAGCAGGCGAACCUAGAGUGCGCAGGCUAUGAAGUCCGCCUCAUCUGGGAUGUCGAGCGGAGGAGGAAACUCCAGCGGCCGUCAGCUAGUCGGCGGAAGAUUAUCUCCAUGGGUAGCAUGUGCGAUCCCAUGACAGAUGAGGAGAUUGUGCAGAAUCUUUCUAAAAUAGAUGAAGCUGCCACCGAGCAUUUGACAGCUGUUGUUGGGCCCUUUGCUGUCUUCCGACCUACAAUUGAACCCUUUUUGUCGCAAUAUGGACAAGGCUGCAACUCUUCCUCGCAAAGACCUGUUGUUGAUGGACUGACCGAGACGAUACCUGCUGAGUCUGAGGAUGAUGUUGAAAUCGACGCCGGAGCUUGCGGCUAUCAUGACUCAAGAUCGGAAGCGGGAUUUGAUGCUGUUCAAGAAUCCGGGAAGCUCCCUUCGAUCAUUUCCGACGGUCAAUUCUGUCGGUCAACGAAUGGUCUUUCAACGGGUCUGUACAAUUUUUGUGAUCAAGGUGAUGCGCCUGAGAUCUCGACAUUAGCUCACAAAGCAUGUCUCGGCCAAAAGCUACCGUCAGCACUGUCGUAUGAAUUAGUUGGUUCGGAAUCCUCAUCACGAACAUCCUUGUUCGAGAAUGAAGCUGUCGCUAGGGACGACAGAGUUGAAUGUUUGCGAACAUCUGCAACAGCUGGACGACGGGCCUCGCCACCGGCAGACAUAGGACCGAGUGUACUGCCAAAAGCUCCAAGAUUACCUGUGAGAUGUGGCUCAAAUUCUGAACAGGAGUUUCUACCUGUGUCAAUGGAUUUAUAUUGUGAUGAUGGCAUCAUGAAGGCGAGCUGCAAUCUCUCCACCGCUGUGUUGUCGAAAACACUAUCCCAUAUGCUCCUCCGCCAUUUUACUGAGCACACGGUACAUAUAAUGCAGCCGGUGGCUCACGCGCGAAAUCCUUUCAGGACAAUAUACUUUCCUCUUGCCAUCGAAGGGUCCGAACAGUCAGAUGAUGCAGCAUCGUCUGCGAGUGUUGCAACUUUCCACGGUCUCGUCUCCACGGCAGCCAUUGAUAUGCAGAUCCCACAAUCCGAAAACGAGGGUCUCAAAUCCGUCGUUGGACAUCAUCGCCAGAGUGCGCUGAUUGCGCUUCAGAAAGCCCUGGUUAAGCAGACCAGCAAUUACAGAAAACUGAUGACCGCUAUCCUAACUUUGGUCUCCAUGGAUAUCGUCAGCGGUGGUGUCGAGGACCAUUGGAUUCAUCUGGAGGCUGCUAUUCGGCUGCAAAAUUCGAGACACCAUGCGCAGCUAAUAGGUCGAGAAACACGGAUCCUCAACAGCAUAAGCACAAUGCUCCAUCUUUUUGCUCAAACAGCACUUCCUCAGGUGAAUGCCGAACCUUGGCCAGGAGCAUUACCAGCAACAGACGGCAUCCGGGUGGCCGACCUCGACCCGAGUGUUGAGUUCGUCUAUGGAAUAACGACAUCUCUAGCGAAAUGUGUUCUCAAAACUUAUCGACUGAGACAGUUUAUCAACUACUACAAAGACCAGGAAUACCCACCGAGUCUGCUUCAAGCAUGUGAGACAUUAGGGGAUGAGCUGAGCGCCUGGGCCAUAACCGCAGAGCAAUUUGCCACCAUUGAAGGUCCCCAGGAUUCAAUGGUGAAGGUUGCACGCGCACACGCAAGGGCAUUUCAUUAUGCUGCCAUCAUUUACUACUAUCGCUCCAUACAGAGGUGCGACCGGGAAACCCUCACAUUGGAACAACAGGCUGCCUUUACCGCCAUGACCGAGGCAGAGGAUCUCAAGGUCGAAUUGUGCAAGGGGGUGUCUCUGCCGGCGCCUGUCACUUGGCCUGCUUUUAUUGCGUCCUGCGAUGCCGUUGGCCAAGAUCGAGAACGUUGGGCCAGUUGGUGGCAUGGUGUGCAAAAGUAUCAGAUGGAAAAUUUCAGCAUGCAGUACAAGGUUGUCCGCAGUAUUUGGUCACAGCUCGAUAGCACGGACGGCUCAGACGACUGGCGAGAUAUCCUUGCUGCAAAGGCCAUUCGCAUCAUACCUGUUUGACGGGCAGAUGAUGGACAAGAGGGCACUUGUGGACACUCAAGAGGCUGCAAUUUGACGCUGGAGUGAAAGUUAGCCAGCGCCGUGAUUUCUUGCCCGCCUUGCAAGCGCAAUGAUUCAAUGAUGCGGAUGGAAUGAACGACUCAUUACCAGAGUACAUGAUGCUGUGGGCAUGCGCCCCUUAACGGCUUUUUGAGUCAAUCAUGCAAUGUGAAUCUCCUGCCAUGAUACGAUGCCACUUCGGAUGAUGAGAUUGAGCGUUGGCCAUUUGGUGAGGCUUAAACCGUGUUUUGCUGUGGGAAGGAAAAGGCAAGCUUCAACGGCCUUUUGGAGUCCAACAGUUUGGCACAAUCAUGUAUACCGUUUGCUGUGUACAGGCCGGCACCCUUACGCUCAGAUGUUCAGUCAUCAACUGAUACACGCAAUUGUGCUGUACGAAAUUUUUGAAAGAUAAACGCGGUGCUCUCGAAUAGCGCACUAGUGAACUCAUGGGCUGCUGCAAUCUGUGAGAAUGCAUCGUCUAUGUGUCCAGGGUUGGCAGUACAUACCAACAAUCGA